GGCUGUAACUUCCCAGAUAUUUACAGACCCUUGCAUGGAGAGAGGAUGCAGGUCCUAUGAGGAUGAAGAGAAUCCUGUAUGAUGAUCAAGCUCUCUGGAUUCAGUCAACCCUGGCCCGGAAGGAAAGUUCAAAAGUCCCCGGAUCUGCCCAGUGCAUUAUGUCAGCUCUCAAUGACACCAAAUUCACACAUACUGUGUUCCUUCUCACCGGGAUACCUGGGCAGGAAGACGUUCAUAUCUGGAUCUCUAUCCCCUUCUGCCUAAUGUAUGUUAUUUCGAUAGUAGGAAAUUCAGUCAUUCUGUUUAUUAUAGGAACAGAUGCAAGCCUCCAUGAGCCCAUGUACAUUUUCCUUUCCAUGUUGGCUGUCUCAGACCUUGGCUUAUCGAUAUCCACGAUACCAACAAUGCUGGGCAUAUUCUUGUUUAACUUUAGGGAGAUCAGCGUCGAUGCCUGUUUAGCCCAGCUGUUCUUCAUCCACUCGCUUCAAUGUAUUGAAUCCUCCAUCCUCUUGUUGAUGGCCUUGGACCGCUGCAUAGCUAUCCGUGAACCACUGAGAUAUGCCUCCAUCUUAACACUGCCAAGAAUAGCCAAGAUGGGCCUGGUGUGUGUUCUAAGAGGGGUGGCUGUGAUACUCCCACUCACCAUUCUCCUGAAACAGUUCCAAUACUGUCGAGCCAAUGUCCUCUCCCAUUCCUACUGCCUGCACCAGGAGGUCAUGAAGAUGGCUUGUUCAGAUAUCAGAGUCAACAAUAUCUUUGGCUUGUUUACCAAACUCAUAACAAUGGGAUUGGACUUGCUGCUCAUCUUCCUCUCUUAUGUGAUGAUCCUCAAAACAGUGCUGAGCAUCGCAUCCCAUGCUCAAUGCCUCAGGGCCCUGAACACCUGCGUCUCCCACCUCUGUGCCAUCCUGCUCUUCUACACACCAGACAUCAGCUUGGUUGUGAUGUACAGAUUCUGGAAUAGCUCUUCUUACUUGCUUCAGAUUGUUCUGAGCUACAUCUCCCUGCUGGUCCCACCCCUGAUGAACCCAGUUGUGUACAGCGUGAAAAGCAAACACCUUCGUGCGAGGAUAAUCAGGGUGUUCGUCAAGUGAAGGUUCAGUUCCUCACCUGGCUCCAGCGGUCAUAACACAGGAGACAAAGAACACCAGCUAGGGUUACCUAUUUCAUCCUGGACCCAUACAUCCGAGAAGAAAUGAGCUACUGAUCUCCACUCUGUAGAAAGAGAUUCAGAUGAGGUCUAAAGCAGUGGUUUUCAAACUUUUUUUCUGGGGACCCAGUUGAAUAAAAUUGUUGAUGCCUGUGA